UAAAAUUUCAAUUGCUUUUUUUCCAGUUGGUAGUCAAUUAGCAAAGAGAGGCAUUCUCCACUGGCACAAUCCUUUUACCUACACAUGUUGUUUACCCUCUUCUCCCUGUACUUUUUGUUUAAAACCCUAGAAUUCAGGUAAGUAGUGUCUGUGUUUUAGCAUGUUCCCACAGUUCUUAACAUAAAGGACCCCAAGAUUAUGUUUGGCUAGAUGGCACUGCUAGUAAAUAAUAGCUGUGUCAGACAAAUGAUGUUAACUUCACAUGCAUGUUAAAGCAAAAAAGAUGCACAGCGUAUUUUGAGCAAAUAAUUCAGUAGAUACUUUGAUAAUGUAUAUGGGAGAAGUUAAUAUCUUUUUUCCAUUUCUGAAACUAAAUGGAAAAGUGGUUUUCGUGACUUCACUUGAAAUAAUUGCACAUGUUAAGGAGUCAUUUAUUUCUGCUACGAUGUUUACUGAUGUCUCAAAGGGUAAAACUGAUCCAUGCUAGAAUGGCUUUCAGAUUUUUGUGGUAGUGGAAUAUUAGUUUUGCUACCGAUAAACCUUUGUAACUCAAGGGCUACUUAGUGUUUGAGUACUGAAAAGGUCAUAAAAUUACUCUGUCAAGUCACUUCACUACUUAGCUCAUCCGUUCAUUUCUUUUUUCCUUAGUUUACUAAUUUCCCGUGAUGUCUCUUGAAAUGCCUGGGUUUUUUUCCUGUGUAUAAUUGAGUGAUACUGGGAUGUAGGAAUCUUUUUUUAUUGUAGCACUAUUGCCAGUCUUGGAGUAGAAUUUAAUUAAGAUUGCAUCUCCAGCUAGUUCACUAGCUGUCUCAUUUUAGUACAAAACUCUUUGCUUAUGCCAUGAUAUUUGGUAUUUGUAACUAUAAAACCUCUUAGCCAGCCAUUUGUAAUGGCUUAUAAUUUAUACAUUCACACAAUUUAGGCAUGUAUUUGGCACAAAGCAAACACAUAAUUGUGAAAAUAAUUAGCAUGGAUCAGUAUUAAAGCCCAACAGCAAUAUUAGCCACAUACAGAGAUUUCUUUUUUUUUUACAUUGAAUCUCAAUUCUCAUACAUCUUGUUUUCCCCAUGAUUGUCAGGCAGGAAGAAUGACUUGGCUUGAAAACAUUUUCACGAUUACCAUGUACAUAUGUUAUACAGAUUGUUACGAAAGGGCCUUGUUUAAGUUUCUUAAGAAAGAAAAAAAGUUCCAAAUUCCCAAGAUGCUUUACAUGGACCAGCUCAUACGCUUCUGUGUAUGGAAUAAUUUGUUGCCUGUCUGAGGCCCUAAGCAGGGUAUGAGACAUUAAUUAUAUCAGAGAAAUGCGGCAAGCUUUGGAAAAGUGAAAUCACGUAUCAGCAUUACAGGUAGACAAACUUUUUCUUAUCUGUGACAGAAAGUAUAUUUAAGAAUUGGUUAAAAUGACAUACAAGGUUCCUUGUAUGUUCUUUUGACUUGCGUAGGGUAAAAAGAUUGAACAGAAUUCACUGGGAAAUGGGUGAGCUAGGAACGGGUCUCGUUAUAGCCAUCUAAACCCUUUGUCCAUCGUCACUUGAGUCCAUUUAUUUAUAGUGUAGGAAGGAUGUGUAUUGAUAUACUGAUAAUCUGAUUUCAGUGUAACGACAAUCUGAGUUUUCCAUAGCCUCUCAAAGAGAGGAACAGAGGUCCUAUUCGCGCGCAAGUUGACAGAUCUUGUGUCGUCGUUUCAACUUAGGCACUUGGCUUCUUGUUUAACACCGAGCUUCAGUGAAAUGUUAUUGCUGUGCACAGUGUGUAACUGUAGUUUUGACAAAGUGGAUCUUUAUGCUGAUAUUAUUUCAACAGUUGAAUUUAAUUACUCUGGUGAUCUUCUUGCAACAGGAGACAAAGGUGGCAGAGUGGUUAUAUUUCAAAGGGAACAAGAGAAUAAAAGCCGUCCACAUUCUAGGGGAGAGUAUAAUGUUUACAGUACCUUUCAGAGUCAUGAACCUGAGUUUGACUACUUGAAAAGUCUAGAAAUUGAGGAAAAAAUUAAUAAAAUUAGGUGGUUACCGCAACAGAAUGCUGCUCAUUUCCUGCUGUCUACAAAUGAUAAAACUAUUAAAUUAUGGAAAAUAAGUGAAAGGGAUAAAAGAGCCGAAGGUUAUAAUUUAAAAGAUGAAGAUGGAAGACUUAGGGAUCCUUUCAGAAUCACAGCACUACGGGUGCCAAUAUUGAAACCCAUGGACCUAAUGGUAGAAGCAAGUCCCAGAAGGAUAUUUGCAAAUGCACAUACUUAUCACAUAAACUCUAUUUCAGUAAAUAGUGAUCAUGAAACAUACCUUUCUGCAGAUGACCUAAGAAUUAACCUAUGGCAUUUAGAAAUCACAGAUAGAAGUUUUAAUAUUGUAGAUAUUAAGCCCGCUAACAUGGAGGAGCUGACAGAGGUGAUCACUGCUGCAGAGUUCCAUCCUCAUCACUGUAACGUCUUCGUCUACAGUAGUAGCAAAGGAACUAUUCGACUCUGUGACAUGCGUUCCUCAGCCCUCUGUGACAGGCAUUCAAAAUUUUUUGAAGAACCUGAAGAUCCUAGCAGCAGAUCGUUUUUUUCAGAAAUAAUAUCAUCAAUAUCUGAUGUAAAAUUCAGUCACAGUGGUCGAUACAUGAUGACAAGAGACUACCUUUCUGUUAAAGUGUGGGAUCUCAAUAUGGAGAACAGACCUGUAGAGACAUACCAAGUUCACGAGUAUCUUCGAAGCAAGCUUUGUUCUCUUUAUGAAAAUGACUGCAUCUUCGACAAAUUUGAAUGCUGCUGGAACGGUUCUGAUAGUGCUAUCAUGACUGGAUCUUACAACAAUUUCUUUAGAAUGUUUGACCGAAACACACGACGGGAUAUCACUCUGGAAGCAUCCAGGGAGAGCAGCAAACCUCGUGCCAUCUUAAAGCCGCGUAAAGUGUGCACAGGCGGUAAAAGAAAGAAGGAUGAAAUAAGCGUUGACAGUCUGGACUUCAACAAGAAGAUUCUUCAUACAGCAUGGCAUCCCAUGGAGAACAUCAUUGCUGUAGCUGCCACCAAUAAUUUGUAUAUAUUCCAGGACAAAAUUAACUAAAGAUGACUUACCUGAGGACAGAGUCGUCGUCUUGCAUAGUUAAGCUCAGUUGUUUAUCUGUAAAAGAGAAGGCCUUGUUGUCCUACCAGUGAAGAACAUUGAUGCACUUACUUCCCUUUAGAUAAAGGCGAGGGUCUGGCCUGGUUUUUGAGUUCAUGGAGCAGUUCUGCCUGCGGCAGGGUAGGGAGCACCAGUCGCGAGGUUCUGGGAGCAACCCUCUGGAGGCAGAAGCGAUGGACAGUGCUCAAUGAGGCCACUGCUCAAAACAAAUGUAUUUAUUUAAGUCUGAGCCUUCCUUUCCAGUUUAUAGACCAAAAAUUUAACACCCGAGAAGAAAAAUUGUCAUAAAAAUGUAAUUUCUAUCUCUUGCGCUCUUUCUCUGCUGUAAUAUUUCGGCCUUUCAAAACAUAUAUUGUGCUUAAUGCCUGUAAACAUUCCUCCUCUGGCCUGUAUCUAGGCUUAGGUGUUUUUACCUUUGAGCACUUAGGUAGGUCUUGAGUUGGGUUCGUAGACAGGUUUCCAUGAAUAUUUACUCACCGACUGUAUCUAUAACCACACCUUCUGGUGUAAACCACUUAAUAAAAUAACGAACUAUAAAAGUGUUUUUAAAUCUGAAGGUAUGUAUUCAGUCUUUUUAUUUUUUUAUUGCAUGUACUGAGGUUCUGCAGAAUAAUUCUGAUGGGCAGAUUUGACAAUGUUUGCCCCAAAACAUUGAUUUUUGGCAGACUAAUACAAACUUUUUUUGUGUAGUAUUUCAAAUUCUAAAUUUAGAGUUUCCAUGAAAUUGUCAUUUAGUUUAAGUUGCACUGAUUUUCUUGUCAAAUGCUAUCUGUGUACCAAGUAGGAGAUUGAAAAGGUUAGCAUAAAGACAUCCACAGCCUUAACAGAAAGUGGCCACCUUGCACAGAAGGGAAAACAAAACACUUCACAAAUUUUCUUCUCUGAAGAUAAAAGUUCCGUUCAUCUGAUGCCUCUCAAUGUUAGAUAGGGACAUACCUUAUGUGCAUUAUGGUUUUUAACCUUUUUGGUAUUUGUCAUGAAGACACAGUUUAUUUUAAAUAUUUGGCAUGACACGCUGUCUCACGUUGCAGUUCAAGCCAGCAAACCCAACUCUCUUGGUGAUGCCAAGCAGCAGCGCAGCUUACUGCGACAGCGCGUUCUGACUGUAACACUGAGAUAUCGGAAAACCGUGCAGCCACACGCUGGUGUGAGCUGCCAUGGUUGUAACUCUGUUCUUGCAACUUUGUUUUAAGCCUUAGGUACUUCUUUUUUUUUUCUUUUUUUCUUUUUUUCUUCCCCCCCCCCCCCCCCCCAAAGAGGCCUAAAACGCAUCGACCUUCUCUUCACCCCAGAGUAGCCGGGGUGAGAAGCUGCUCCCGGAGCUGUUGCAGCACGUUUUCGUAGCAUUGAGGGGCUGGGCAUUGUGCUCUGAAAUGUGCCUGCAGGUCAGAAACUCCUUCCUAAAAACGAGAUCCCUUGCGCUUCCCGGAGAAACACAGAAGUGUGGUUUACACUCCCAUUUUUCUUAAAAUGAAGGUGAAUUGUGAUUACUGAAUCAGAUCCACAUAUGCGAGAGCAAACUAUGUCUGUUCUUACCCUCCCGAUUAAUGUCCAUAGAGUGCCACUCUUGUUCACAGUAAGCUAGUAAGUACAACUAACUUUGAGGUUCUACAAAUAAAGUUUAAAUUAAAAAACUCUUAUACUGUAUAUUGGUUGUGACACUAUUUGAAAAUCUUGAACUGUGGAACUUCGGGGUCACUAAAGCAUUAGGUUUGACCUUGUUCCUAAAAUACAUGAGAGCUACUACAAUGGGAUUGUACAUACUUGUUCAAUUAUUUUGACCAAAAAGUUUAAUAAAUUUUAAAUGUUUACCUGGA